AUGUCCUUUGGAAACUGGAAGCCCACAGUGGUGGUCCAGGGUAUAGUCUGGAUCCUGUAUGGAUUGCUGCUGCAGCCGGAGCCAGGGACAGCGACCCUGCCCCUGCUCAUGGACUCUGUCAUCCAGGCGCUGGCGGAGCUGGAGCAGAAGGCACCAGCCACUGAGGCUGGCCAUAGUGCCGCUGCAUGGCUGCUGUCAGCCCAAGGCUCUGGUACCCACAGUCCCCUCCGUCACUUCCUGCUGGAGGGGAAGAGUCUCAACACCACCGAUCUGGAUCCUCCUUCGCUGAGCCCAGAGCUUCGAGGCCUAAUGGGAGAGGUGGCGAGACACAGCGUGCAGGAUGGGAAGGAAUACGGGGUGGUUCUAGCACCCGAUGGCUCAACCGUGGCUGUGGAACCUCUUCUGGCAGGGCUUUGGGCAGGGCUUCAGGGACACAGAAUCGUAAACCUCUCCUUAGAGAGCUCAGCCACCCCUCCGGAUGCUGGAGUCACCUUUCCAGACCUUGGAGCCACCUCCCCAGGGCUCAGCAAUGCCUCUCCUGAUGUCACCUCUGCGGAUGUCAGAGCUGUGUCUCCAAAUGUUAGCACCAAAGAUCUAGAUGUUGAAGCCACCUCUCCAGAAGCUAGACCUGGCUCUCCAGAUGUCCAAGCCUCCUCUCCAGAUACCAAGGCCAAGUUACCAACCGCUGUGGACAACAUCCUCGUGGUCACCCUGGCUGGAGACCUGGGCCUGAACUUCCUCCAGGGCCCCCAGACCUGGAAUCAUUCUGGACUGGGAACUGAGGGAUGCUGGGACCAGCUCUCUGUUCCCAGGACCUUCACGCUCCUGGCUCCUGAGGCAUCACCCCUCACCACGGCCUUCCUCAAUGGUGCCCUGGACGGAGCCCUCCUUGGAGACUACCUCAGCCAGACCCCUGAGCCCCGGCCACCCCUCAGUCAGCUGCUGAGCCAGUACUAUGGAGCCGGGGUAGCAGGAGACCCAGGAUUCCGAAGCAACUUCCGACGGCACAACGGAGCUGCUCUGACUUCGGCCCCCACCCUGACCCAGCAAGUAUGGGGGGCCCUCAUCCUGCUACAGAGACUAGAGCCAGCACAUCCUCGUCUACAGGGCAUGAGCCAAGAAGAGCUGGCACAGGUGGCCACCCAUGCUUCCAAGGAGUUCACUGAGGCUUUCCUAGGGUGUCCGGCCAUUCACCCGCGUUGCCGCUGGGGUGCCGCACCGUACCAGGGCCGCCCGACACCGCUGAAGCUGCCGCUCGGGUUCUUGUAUGUGCACCACACGUACUUGCCCGCGCCACCCUGCACCAGCUUUAAGCGCUGCGCCGCAGACAUGCGCUCUAUGCAGCGUUUCCACCAGCAGACACAAGGCUGGGCCGACAUAGGAUACAGUUUCGUGGUGGGCUCAGACGGCUACGUGUACGAGGGCCGCGGAUGGCACUGGGUGGGUGCGCACACACUCGGCCACAACUCCCGCGGCUUCGGCGUGGCCUUGAUCGGCAACUACACCGCGGUGCUGCCCUCAGAGGCCGCGCUGCGCGCGGUGCGAGACGAGCUCCCGCGCUGCGCUGUACGCGCGGGCUUCCUGCGGCCAGACUAUGCGCUGCUAGGCCACCGCCAGCUCGUGCGCACUGAGUGCCCCGGCGACCGGCUCUUCAACCUGCUGCGCACCUGGCCGCAUUUCGACAAGAAUGUGAAACCAAGAACUGCCAGGAGGGCCUCCAGCAGAUCCAAGAGAAGACCACCUCCAAUGAUACUGCUAUCCACUGACCUCCAAUAA